ACAACUUCCAGUCAUUAUUUAUUAUUCCUUUAAAAUAGAUAUUUCAAAUGAACUUAGGACCUCUCUCAGGAGUUGUUACAAAGGUGCCGUUGUUUGUCGUGCCGGCCUUCGCGCAAUCCAAAGAGCUUUUGUAUUUUAUCAAGUGCAGGCUCUAUGAAGCGGGAUUCGUAAUCGUGCGCGAGGAGUACCGCCUUCUUAACGCCGAGCUCGCGGAGUGUUUGUGUGUAAAGCUGGAUUACAUUCCCGAAUACGUGAAAAUUGCCUCUGGGCAGCCUUAUGAGGCCGCAAACGACUAUACCGAUGCAAAAGCAGCGACGCCGACAUCUUGUUCCUUUUCUCCGUCGAAGAUGGUGGGAAUGGCAUACGUCUACGUUCUUGCACAUCGCGAUUGCCACGCGAAGCUGCUGCGUUUUAUUUCUGAGCUCGAUACAGGCUCAGCGAGCUCCAUGGCGUGCGCCGAUGACGACGUUGAAGGCGAACAGAAAGGUUCUUCGUACGAGGCGUAUGCGGAGCUGCUUAAGCUAACUGCGCGAUCGUCACAAGAGGAGGGUGAGGAGAGUGGUGCGCUUCCACAAGCGUUAUGGAUGAACACGACGAGCGCAGGCGCGAAGCAGGCAGUGCGUUUGCUCUUUCCUCGGAUGCUCUCAGAGGAGGUUCCCACCGGAGUUCAAUCGCGAGAGUUUGUUCACGAGCAGUUAAAGCGUUCUUUGCUGCCGGCGCUUUCUGAUCUCGUGAAAACGAAACCUGCCGAGCCGAUUCGUUGGUUGGCAGAGAGGCUACUUGAAACGAACACAGAAACGCCUCCCAUGAUUCCCUCUGAGGAUCAAUAACUUGUAAAAAAGAAAAGCAACACGGCUAGUGGAAAUACUUUAAAAAGUGAAUAUGGUCUUGAGAGAGUGGAGGAGGGGAUUUACGAUUUUAAUUCAACAAAUCCAGAAUAUUUUGCCCUUUAUUAGUCUUUGCACAGGGUACAGGCUAAUUUGUGCCGUAUUAGGUAGUGCUGAUGGAUGUACAUAAAAUAUUUACCAAGGAAACAAUGUCCCUUCAUUCCAACAUAUCUAUAUGAACAACUGCUGUUACCAAAGGGUUUAUCUUCAAUCUUAUUAUCUCGUGAAAGGUUAUAAAAGAGGCUAAUUAUUUUCGUUCGCCCUUGAGGGGAUUCUUUCCUGUAUUGUCUUUCUAGCUUUCUUGAGGUUCGGAAAGGAAGCAUCACCGCUUGAGGAAUAGUUCAGGAUACACUUCAACCUGUAUCCGUUGUCCUCUGAAGUGAUCCCAUAAAGCAAUUUAACCAAGAAAAAUCAACAAGCCCCAUUGUAUUCAAAAAAAAUCACGCGCAUUAGACUAAGGUUUUAGAUCUUAGAUUCAUAAAGGAAAAUUUCCACUGUAGUAUGAUAAUGGCAUCCAAGUGACCCUCCCUAAUAGAAUCACCAGGUACUCGUUCUUUGUGUUACGCGCACGUGAUUUUCCUCAUGAAUUUGGCGUCAAGGAGUUCUCCCAAUAUCUGUGACAAGAAUGUUAUGCUUGUGGCUGAACAUAUUUUUUCAGCUCAGGAGCUGUUUCUCUUUUUUGAUUUUCAGUACUUUACGCGAUCUGAAGGCUUUUAAUAAAUUUUCUAUGAAGUAUUCAAGUAGGUAUAAUUAAAUUCAUCGAAAGCUGGAGCCUGUGCAUCUUCAUGGGCGUGCCUAUUUCGUUGCUAUAGUA